CACCUCCCUGGCUGCUGCACCAUGGCGUUUCUUUGGCUCCUCUCCUGCUUUGCCCUUGCGGGGGCCGCCUUUGGCUGCGGGGUCCCCGCCAUCCAGCCCGUGCUCACUGGCCUAGCCAGGAUCGUCAAUGGGGAGGAUGCCGUCCCGGGCUCCUGGCCCUGGCAGGUGUCCCUGCAGGACAACACCGGCUUCCACUUCUGCGGGGGCUCCCUCAUCAGCGAGGACUGGGUGGUCACCGCCGCCCACUGCGGGGUCACGACCUCCGACCUCGUUGUGGCUGGGGAGUUUGACCAGAGCUCUGACAAGGAGAACGUCCAGGUCCUGAAGAUCGCCCAGGUCUUCAAGAACCCCAAGUUCAGCCUGCUCACCGUGACCAACGACAUCACCCUGCUGAAGCUAGCCACGCCGGCCACCUUCUCCGAGACCGUGUCCGCCGUGUGCCUGCCCAGCGCCAAUGACGACUUCCCCGCGGGGUCGCUGUGUGUCACCACUGGCUGGGGCAAGACCAAGUACACCUCCAACCAGACCUCCAGCAAGCUGCAGCAGGCGGCCCUGCCCGUCGUGUCCACCGCCAACUGCAAGAAGACCUGGGGCAGCAAGAUCACCGACACGAUGAUCUGCGCCGGGGCCAACGGCGUCUCCUCCUGCAACGGCGACUCUGGCGGCCCCCUGGUCUACCAGAAGGACGGAGCCUGGACCCUGGUGGGCAUCGUGUCCUGGGGCAGCAGCACCUGCUCCACCUCCACGCCCGCCGUGUACGCCCGCGUCACCGCGCUCCUGCCCUGGGUUCAGGAGAUCCUGGCCGCCAACUGAGCCCGAGGCUCCUGUCGCCCCCACCCCAAGAUUCCUCAUUAAAAGCAUCUGUUCAAAAGC